GUUGAAGGUAGGAGCCGAUGACCUGAUUUGACACUGCUCUACCUACACUUGCUAGUUACUAAUAUUAAAAAUCAAUUAGCAUUAUGGUAUUGGCUUGUUUUAGUGCUCAAAAUUGAGGUUCAGACUUAAAGUGAUUCAUAAACUCUUAUCCCCGCAGCAUCCAUCUCAGAGACGACAGCAUCCAUGGCCCUCUGGAAACCAGUUGUGUUGUUGCUGGCCUGUGUGUCCUGGCAACGGGGGGCUACGGAGGACCUUCGCAAUUUCAAGGAUCAGCUCAGCGACUGUCUGGAGGACAAGGACUACCAGGAGCUUCUGGACAUCAGUAUCCAUGGCCUCCCCCCUGCACAGAGCCCUCGGCACGUGGUGGUCGUGGGCGCCGGCAUGGCCGGCCUGACCGCUGCCAAACUGCUGCAGGACGCGGGACACCAGGUGACGUUGCUGGAGGCUAGCGGGAGGGUGGGGGGGAGGGUGGAGACCUACAGACACCCGACAGAGGACUGGUAUUCUGAACUGGGAUCCAUGAGGAUCCCCAGCUCCCACCAUAUUGUGCUGUUUUACGCUAAGAUGCUGGGUGUGGAACUGCGUCCAUUUGUGAUGUAUGACCCCAACACCUUCUACCUGGUCAAUGGGCAGCGUGUGAAGACCGGGGCAGCAGACAAAAACCCCGCCCUCCUCAAAUACAACCUCCCCCAUAGGGGGAAGGCCCUGUCGGCUGAUCAGCUGCUGGAUCAGGCCUUGAAGACGGUGAAAGACACAGUGAGACAUGAAGGAUGUGAGGCUGCCCUUAAGAAAUAUGACCAGUAUUCGGUCAAGGGUUAUUUGGUUCAAGUGGCUAACCUGAGUCCUGAGGAGAUAAGGAUGAUAGGAGACCUGCUGAAUGAGAACAGCCUGAUGUACACUGCCCUGACCGAGAUGCUCUACGAUCAAUCAGAUAUCAACGACCAAACUGAGUAUUUCGAGGUGGUGGAUGGCUCAGAUCGUCUCCCUCAAGCCUUGAAUAACGUCCUUGUUAACCCUGCCCAGCUAAAUUCUCCGGUCAAACAAAUCAACCACUCGGACACUGGCGUCGAUGUAUUUUACCUGAAGGGUAAAGACUCAGUUCAGACCAAGCUGUCUGCUGACGCAGUCCUGGUCACGACCACAGCCAAGGCAGCUUGCUUCAUAGAAUUUGACCCCCCACUAACCCCAGGAAAGAAGCAUGCACUGAGCAGCGUUCACUACGACAGCUCCACCAAGAUCAUCCUCACCUUCAGCCGAAGGUUCUGGGAGGAUGAUGGCAUCAAGGGGGGGAAGAGCAUCACAGACCGUCCCUCUCGCUUCAUCUACUACCCCAGUCACAGCUUCCCCCAGAACCCAGACAUCGGCGUGCUGCUGGCCUCCUACACCUGGUCUGACGAAGCUCUGCUUUUCCAGGGCCUGGGGGAUGAGGAGCUGAAGGAGGUGGCCCUGAAGGACCUGGAGCUAAUCCACGGGGAGCAGGUCUGGGACCUGUGCACGGGGGUGGUGGUAAAGAAGUGGAGCUCUGACCCCUACAGCCUGGGAGCCUUCGCCAUGUUCACUCCCUACCAGCAUACUGAAAUCGCCUCUGAGCUCUUCCAGGCCCAGGGCAGGGUUCACUUCGCUGGGGAACACACCGGCUUCAGUCACGCCUGGAUUGAAACAGCCAUGAAGACGGCCAUCAGAGCUGCCAAGAACAUCAACCACCAGCUUCAAGACGGCUUCAUAUCCACUGAUAGAGAAGAGCUCUGACUCCAACACCAAGCUUCAAUACAGCUUCAUGUCUGCCGCUAGAGGAGAUCUCAAACUCUAACACCCCAGCAUUAUUUUGUUAUUAAUCACAUAUAUUGAAGCCUGAGAAGAUAGUACCUUCAUGCUAGCAGUACUAGCUCUUUAUUUGCAUGUGUAAGCCUUUAGAACAAAUCUAAAACUAAAUUGGUGUCUGCUAUGAACUCUAAAGGUAAUGAUAAUCUGAGACUGCAGCCUACAUGCAUGCAAUAUCCUAGCUAUGCACCCAUUACAUCACCUUUCCAAGUACUGUUACUUAACAUAAGACACACCCCAUCUGGCAAUCUAAAUAUUGCACAUUUCAAUGAAACAUACAGACGACUAUUAGACAAAUGUUGUCCUUUGUGAUUAUCAAAAUUAAAAACUUUCACCAAAAUUACCAAAAAUGCCAAAAAUAUUGGCUUGUAUUAGUAUCUCAUCGAAUGCGAUGUCCAAAUCACGAGUACUCGUUUUUUGUUUGCACUCUUUUUUCGCUGCACAAGGAAUUUCUGCGUCAGUUUCCGCCAAUGUACGCAGACUAAGGUCAUUUCAAUCUUCCUUUAAUAAAGAAUGAAUGAACAGAAUGGAUUUUUAAUAAAUAACUACAUCUGGA